AUGGUCGAGGAGUUUCCGCCACUCAAUGGCUGCUUCCCGACCUUCUACAUCUUCAUGUUCUUGACCAUGGGAACUGCGUUCGUCUUCAGACUGCCGAGGGUGCUGAAAGCGUGCCGAAAAUGGUGGUGCGACACGAUGCCAUCGCAGCUGAAUCCGAAUUGGGAACCCACGGACUUGUCGGACAUCGAGAGGCGGCAAAAGGAUCGGGCUAAUUACACCCGCGCAGACUUCACCUCCAACUUGAUAGCCUGCCAUCAGGCAAAGUUUGUGGAGGUCAAGAUGGCGCUUCUGACAGGUCGGAUGGGCUUUGCAAGCUUUUAUCGAGAUGAAGAAGACUUCUGCCUGGGCAAUGGUGAGUCGAGGCUUCCCCCACCAGCUGGGUCCUGCUAUCGGCAAAUCUACACGACACCCAUGCAGGUUCUCAUCUACAUCAUGACAUCUGGUCUGAUGCGGACAGCUUUUAGCGCUUUUACAUUUGCAUGCGCGACCGGUAUGGUCGGGGCGCUACUAGCAGAGGUCAGAACGACCAUCGACAAGAACAAGCAGGUGGAUCCCUCUCUGGAGUCCGAAGAUUGGUACACGCUCUUCCUGAUGAAUAUGCAGACGGUGGCAGGGAUCAUGGAUGAUUUCAAGUUCUUGCCAACUUUCUUCAUUACCUACAUGAUAGGGCAGGAUGUUACCCGGUGGCUUAAGUGGCUACAAACCAUGUUCUGCAUUCAGGGACGAUUGCACGACGUUGGCUUGAUCAUUGCCAGUUCAUACCGCAAGUUGAAUGAUCCCCUUGUGGGAAAGCAGCAACGGCAAAUGCUGUUCAAAUGGUACAGGUAUCUCAAUGCGAUACACUAUCUUGCAUAUUUUAAACUUGAUCCUCGCAUAGGAACAUCUCCAGACCAGGUUGUACAGGACCUUCGGACAAUGGGGCUGCUCGUAGACAGCGAGUGCAAUCAGAUACUCUUGGCCAGUGCAAAGCUGCGGGACACCUUGGUAUCCUGGCUAGGCGUUCUCUGGCAUGACGAGCUCGAGCGGGGUUGGGUUCAGGCAGUCGACAAUGACGUGUUCAUGCGGAAGGUCUGCGACUUGCGCGCAAUCUUGGCCACCCUUGCUGACAUGCCAGACAUGCAAACGAGCCAGCUGGUUCGGGUCAUGAUGGUGGUGGUAACGAACAUCUUGCUAUCGCUGGCUCUGGUUGGCUACCCUACCAAGAUGUACGAGGAGACCAAGCAGUGCUUUCAAUUUUGGCCGCUGGUCGCUUCAUAUCUCUACUACGUAUGCUACAGGGGAAUGCUCCAUGUCAUGUUCAUGUUGGACAAGGGGCCCUUUUAUGGCAAGGGAGACUGCGUCAACGUAGAUGCUCUCCUUGUCAGCACAGAACGCUUCACCUUCCAUGUGUUUCGUACUUCCUUCCAAACGCUCCAGCCUGAAUUCAGAUGUGUCCGAAAGCCUGGUGAAAUUCGCCCUCUAAGGGAGAACCUGUCUUAA